UCCUGUUAGCGAAAGCUAAUCAUUAGCCUCGCCUUUGUUUGUGUGUAGUAAUGGUGUCCCGCAAACAGACGCGGGUGUGGAAGUACGUGAACGACGGCAGUUUGAUGAAACUGAAAUCAUACCUACGGAAACACACGGAUCUGGACGUGAACUUUUCCCAGGGUAAGAGGCAGAGGAGCCCGCUGCACCUGGCCUGCUGUCAGGGGGACGAUGCUGUUCUGCGGCUGCUGCUGAAACACGGAGCCGAUGUUCUCCAGAGGGACCGCAAAGGGGACACGGCACUACACGUCGCGGCCAAUAGGGCUCUUAAACACGGAAAAACGGCGUUUGAUGACCUGGUGGUGCCUCUGAGAAAGCGCUGCCCUGAAGCCCUAAACGUCCAAAACAGAGCCGGAGUCACACCGCAAGACCUGCUGAACUGGAUGAAACAUCCCGAGGCUGAAGAAAACAUGAGCCAUCCACGUGAAGCAGACCCUGAGAAGGAAUUCUUGGAGAAGCUGUUUGACGAAUGCGAGGAUGAAUUCUAUGAAACCUUUGGAGUAUAUGAUGCUGAUGACUUUCUUCCCGUUGAUGAUGACGAGGAAGACUUUGGAGACUGGGCUGAUCGCAUCCGGAAGGAAUACUAUGAUAAAAAACACGCCCAGGCCCAGAGACUCGCGGCCUCAUCUUCUGGGUGGAAAAGAAGCAAGAGUAAACGAGAGAUAGAGGAAGAAGAGCGAAGCCGCAAGGAGCUGCACAAAAGGCUGCAGAAGGAGCACGAGGAAUAUCUGGCUCGUGCAGCUCGCAAAGAGGAGGAGACUCGGCGUGGCAAGAAGCGGCAGUACGAUGAGAGGUGCGCGGCGACCUUUCAGGGUGGCGCCUCGGCAGGCAGCACGAAGCUGAGCUUCGGUGACAUCCCCUGGCCGGCUCCGAGAGGUAUGGUCCAGGAGAUGAUCGAGGUAAUGCUGCAUGGUGUGGACCGAAAGGACGUACCGGCGUUUCGUAAAGCGCUUCGAAAGCAGCAAGCGCUGUGGCACCCCGAUAAAUUUGCUCAGCGAUGUGAAGCUCGAUUGGAAGAGAAGGACAAACAGAAGAUCCUAGAUACAGUCACUGCUCUGUCACAGGAGCUCAACAGACUGGCUCAGAGUUUGAAGACUUGAAAAUCAUACCAUGAACGUUAUAUGUGCUCUUCAUGAAAUCUUGUAUGUGUGAAAAGAACCACUGUCACCUAUUUGUGUAGUACUAACACUACCGAACAGAGGAUGCAAGCACUAGCUUUUAUCUUGCAGGUGAAUGAGCUCUGCUGAAAACAAGCAAAACUGCAGUGAACUCAUAUCUGCAUUUACAAACAUUCAGAAGAGCCAUUUAUUCAUAUUGACUGAUGCAACAAUCCUAUAUGGAAAAUGGAACUUAAAAAAAAUACAGUAGUUGUUUAAAUUGUAUGUGUAUCUAAAGACUAAGUUACCAGUUUUCACAGUUUUCCACACAACAUAAUUACAAGAAAUAUUUUUGAGUCCAGGACUCAGGAGACACCUGUCCAUAAGACUUUGAGCAGAUCAAAAGUUGCACAGUCAUGACAUGUUGGUUGGUUUGUUUUUCUACCCAUUUGAUCAAAGAAUAAACUUAAUAUAUUGUUUUACUGUACGAUAGAGUGCCUUAAUAGACACACAGGGACACACUCGGCCAUGUAAUGUUUAGCAAGUUUUCCUGGAUCUUGUUUAUUGUCUUUCUGCCUCCCCCACUAAUGAGAACAUGUCAUAUGGGUCAUCAGAGCCAAGCAGCUUGUCUUUUCUUUUCCAUAAAUAGGUCAGAUCUAAAUUCUCGGAAUUUAGAUCUGACCUAGGGUCUCAAAUACGCUUCUAGAAGAAUGGUCAAAAGUUCCUAUACACACACUCCUAAACCUUGUGGAAAGCCUUCCCAAGAGAGCUGAAGCUGUUAUAGCUGCAGAGGGUGGGCCGAUAUAAUCUACUUUACAAAACAGUCCACACCUUGUUACGACACUGCCGCGUUCUCUGUUUUGUAAGCAGUGGCUCCGCUCAACCGGAUGAACUCUGUGAUGACAGCGUGUGUAUAGUAUUAUAUCUGUAUUUUAGCGGUUAUUUGUGAACAUCCCUGGUUUGUCACUAACAGGAGACACAAAUACAACCUUAGCUGCUCCCAGUUACAAGCUCAGCGCCCGGAUCCAUCCUCUAUGGUGACCCUUUGGGAAAUGAGGGAGCAGCCAAAACCACUUUUCUUCUCACUAUCUGACAGCUAUCUGUCAAAAUACUGGAAGUGGCUUGUCUUGCCAUCUAUGAGGAAAAAAAUAAGUUGCUCAAAGAGAUUUUAGUUGUUGUAAUAUUCAGAUUCUGAGUGCGAUCCUGAAAGUCCUAAUGGAUGAAGCUCUGACCUCUGGUUUAUAAACUGGUUGUAUGAGAAUGUGCAAAAACAAAGACAUGUAAAUG